AUGUUCUUCUCCAUCAAGCAGUCCCACUCGUCGCGCCUGCAGCAGCGCAAGAAGGAGCGCGAGGCCGAGGCCGCCAUGGCCGCGGAGGCGGACGCCAAGGCAAAGACCGACGCGGCCGCGGCCGCGGCGGCCGAGGAGGAGCGGCGGCGUCAGCUGCAGCGGGACACGAUUGCGACGCCGGGGCGGGCGCCGGCGCGGCGGAUGACGACGCCGCGGCGGCCCGUCGGCCUGUGA